AUGGCGCAGUGGAACCAGCUUCAGAUGCUGUACUGCAAGUACCUGGAGCAGGUGGACCAGCUUUACGAUGACUCGUUCCCCAUGGACAUCAGGCAAUACCUGAGCAAGUAGAUGGAGAGCAUCGACUGGGACACAGUGGCGAUGCAGGAUUCCUUAGCCACAGUUCAGUUCCACGACCUCCUGGCUCAGCUCGACGACCAACAUAGCCGCUUCGCCCUGGAAAACAACUUCCUGCUACAACACAACAUCCGCAAGAUUAAGAGGAACCUGCAGGUUAGAACAUUUAUAAUACCCCCUGCCAUGUCCCUUGUUGUCAUCUCUAACGUCUGUCAGCUGCCCAGCGGCUGGGCCUCCAUCCUCUGGUACGACAUGCUGACCUCCGAGCCCAGGAAUCUGAAGUUCUUCCUCAGCCCUCUGCAGGCCAAGUGGUCUCAGCUGUCCGAGGUCCUCAGCUGGCAGUUCUCCUCCGUCACCGAACGAGGCCUGAACCAGGAGCAGCUCAACAUGCUGGCUGACAAACUGCUCGGAGCCAAAGCAAAGAGAAACCCAGAGGGACAAAUUCCCUGGACCAAGUUCUGCAAGAGUGCGAACGAGAAAGCGUAUUCCUUCUGGUUGUGGAUCGAAGGAAUCCUGGAUGUGAUUAAAAGACACCUGCUUUCCCUUUGGAACGACGGCUCCAUCAUGGGCUUCAUCAGUAAGGAGAGGGAGAAGGCUCUGCUCAGUGAUAAGUGUCCCGGGACCUUCCUGCUCAGGUUCAGUGAGAGCAGCAGAGAGGGAGCCAUCACCUUUACCUGGAUGGAAUACGACCUCUGCAGUGAGUGAAGGACUGAUGCUGUUCAUGUCUUAUGUAAAGGAAGAAUGUGAGACUCUUUGAUCCAGUAGAU